CACCAAACCAAACCCCUUGCCUUAUAUAACCACCAAAACUCUCUCCCACACAAACACACCACUCUAUUUCAUUUUGGGUCUUCUCCAUUCUUCUCUCUUUUACUCUUGUUGCCCUACUUUCGCUCUCUCAAAUGGCAGCUUGCUUCGGAUUCUCCAAGGCCAUUUUCCGAGUCCUGGCAGUGUUGGCACUCCUCUUCAUUGCUUCAGCCUCUGCCUCAAAGGCUCCUGCUGCUUCACCUCUUGCUGCUCAUGCUCCUGCUCCUGCUCCUGCUCCCAUUAGUGAUGGGAUUUCAAUAGAUCAGGGGAUUGCUUAUGUGCUGAUGCUGGUGGCUUUGGUGCUCACUUACCUCAUUCAUCCUUUGGAUGCAUCAUCCUACAAUUUCUUUUGAUUUUCAUUCUCUGUUAGAUUUGUUUAGGUUUAGGAAUGGGGCUGGGGAUUUGUAGGGAGAAGAGGGAAAUGAAAAACAGAAGGAAAAAUUUGGUGGUGGGUUUUAUUUUUUUGGUUCCUUUAUUUAUGAUUUAUUUGAGAACUAUGCCUUGUGGAUAUAUGGCUCAGGGAAAUUCAUGAAUGCUGAUUUUUUAGCUUCUUUUAU